AUGGAUCUAGGACUCCUGAGGCUAAUGGAUUUGUCUCAGGGUAAGAACAAGGCCCUUCGGGGAAAUCGAGGAAGCAGCUUCGCCCCAGUCACCCGUCGCCAGAGAGAGUUCAUGCCAGAAGAGAAGAAAGACACCACCUAUUGGGAGAAGAGGCGUAAAAACAACGAGGCAGCCAAGAGAUCUCGGGAGAAGAGGAGACUGAAUGAUGUGGCUGUGGAAGGACGGCUGGCCGCCCUCAAGGAGGAGAAUGCCCUGCUCCGGGCUGAGUUGAUGGCUCUCAAGCUUCACUUCGGCCUGCUGGGCCCUGGCACCCCCCAUGCCCUUCAAGCCUUGCUAUGGGGUUGCCCCUGGCCAGCUUCCUGGGCCCCAGAGGGGAGACUGGUCCACCCAGAGAGAGGCCCAUUCAGGCCUUGCAGCCCAGACCCCAAGGAGCUGGUCUGUAGGGAUCUCCACAGUUCCCACAAGAUGGUGGGUCUAGGUUCCCCAAGGCUUUCUCAUGAGCUCUCGGCUCCAGACCCUAAGAGGCUAGACUCAGCUGUCUGGGCCACUUGUCCCCCCGCUUUCUUCAGCUGCCACCUUCUGGAUGAGCACCCCACCCCUCUGCCUCUGCUGGAGCCUGGCCCCUUGUGGGAGCCGUGGCCACCACUGCCAACUGGGCAGGCAAAGAGCUCCGGCCAUUGGGUCUUGGGCAACAAUGCAGCCAAGUCUGGUUCUGUGGCACCAUCAUCUGGAACCCCCUGCCCUCACCCUGGGGACAGACUCAAGAGCACAGCUCAGUCCAGCCUGCCCCAUAAACUUCGGAUCAAGUCCCGGGUGCUGGCAGGCUGGGACAACAGUCCUUCCAAUUCCUUCUGA